UCAAAAGCAGAUUAAAACAGAAUCUGAUAAGCUAUUAAGUUUUUAGCUGUGAUCUUUAAUUUUGCAUGUUGUGUGAUAUGCAAUAUUCAUUUGAAAUAACAUUUGUAUUUUUUUCCAACAUUUUCAGAAGAUUUCGUCAGAAUUCUAUGGACGCAGAUUCUGUGUGGGCCUGCUCACUAGUUCACCAGGGAGUAAAAGGCUUUGAAGCACACUUAAUGUGUUAGUCGUAGCUUUGAUCUUUACUUUGAUUUCUGAUCGUGGAUCCAUGCACUGCUAACUAUGCAGGAUCACAAAAACUGUCAAAUGAAUGGGUGAGCAGGGUGGCAUGCCAGGUACUCUGAGGGUACCUCAGACAGGCCUGUAAAACCAGUCUUUUAUCAUGGGGAUUGGUAAAUACACAGGAACACGGAGAUCCAGCAUUAGUGCUUAAAAUAAGACUCUGAAACAGAAAAUACAGUUUCUUACUGAUUUAUAAAGCUUCAUCAUGCUCAGCUCUGAUAUCUAUUUCUGCAUGUAGACAUAUCUGACAUUUUAGGACUCCAUUUCAUCUCAAGUUUAACAUCUGAUAAUUGAGAAUGAUGGCCAUGAGGAAGUGAUGGUAGUGAUGAUAAGAGAAUAUGUCACAUCCGUAGCAAGAACGCUUUAGUCAAAGUGUUACUUCAGGAUGCCAUGUUACGUAAACACCUUUCAGUGCUCGAGCAUACUUUACAAACCACAGAUAAAAUCUCACCUUUAAAAAAGUUAAUCAGCUUUUUUACAUGUGUAUCCAUAAAAAACAGUUUCAUGAGCUCAAAGAAAGAUUGAAAAAAUACUAUCACAAAAUUAGUUAAGAGGUUUUAACUGCAAGGUGCUGAAAAUGUGUGUCUGUGUGUGUGUGUGUGUGUGUGUGUGUGUGUGUGUGUGUGUGUGUGUGUCUGAUGUCCCGCUACCACUUCCUUAGUGCUUUCUAAAGAACAGAGAGACAGAUGCAGAUAAGAGAGACAGCAGCAUCAGAAUAGAGCACAGCAUUGUAUCUGUUAUUUAGAAAUACAAGCAGUAAAUUGUGACUGUUGUUAAGUUACAGAGGGUUUUUUUUAGGUGUCUUCCAACAUUUGACCCAAAUUUCACCAUGAACGUGAGAUACAGCAGAGGAGCAAGAGAGGACAGAGGAGACAGAGUGGAGAGACUGGACGACUACGAGAAUGUGGACCCUUUUACAGACCAUCAUGUUGAUGUUUCAACACAAGAUGGAGGAGCACACACUCCAAAGCAUCUCCCAGCUGUCCAAAGAAACCCUUUAAGAAGUGCGGUUGUGGGUCCCCUGCUGGUGGCUGGAUGCAUCAUCCUGUUCAAACUCUAUUGUUCAGUCAGUUUGGAAAACAACCGGCUGCAGAGCCGUUAUGAGGAGCUGCAGAGCAGUUACAACAACCUGAGUUACAGUUUCUGCCAGACACAGGGGAGAGAAAGCCAGACACAGGGGGACAUUACAGAAUGGGAGAGAUUUCGAUGCAGUUGUUACUACAAAUCUACUGAGAGGAAAACCUGGACAGAGAGCAGGAGAGACUGUCAGGAGAGAGGAGCAGAUCUGGUGAUAAUAAACAACAAAGAAGAACAUGAAUUUGUCAGUAAACAUGGAGAUUCCUGGAUCGGUCUGCAGUCAGUGACAAAAAGCGACUGGAAGGACGGAUGGGAAUGGGUGGAUGAAUCAGUAACACAAUAUAGGGCCUGGCACCAAGGAGUCGAUGUUCAACCUAAGGAUGGCACUGGGUUGACAGCAUACAUUGAUCUGGAAGGAGCAUGGAGGCAUAACAAGACUGGAUCCAAACAAUGGAUCUGUGAGAGACAGAUCUAUUGAGUCUAACAUGUGUGUCAUGUAACUGUGAUGUAAUGGGCUAUGCAAUAGUUCUUACUGCCCUUCCUAAAAAAUACAUAAUAAAGGCCAUCAUG